AUAUUUCCUGGAGCUCACACAAUUGAGGAAACUUUAUUUGAAUGAAGUCCCCAAACCUGCCGCAGUCUCCGGUUUUUAACAAUACUGAAAACGUCGUUUUGACUCCUGCGUGUUGGCUUGUGCCAAGAAGAGAGGAAAACGUACAGCACCCGUGUCGGUCCAUCUUCCGGGAAUUCGCGCAGCAAAGAUUUAUUUGUAAUGCUUUUAGCUGGACCACAUGACCAAUGGGGAAAUUAUACACCUGUGUGAUAUAGUUUCAGCUUCCCGUUGAAUUUUGUAACGUGGCUUCGUUUGGAAAUGAGCAUGUAUCACGCCAAACGGGAGUCAUGUAAGGCGUGGAAUUGGAUCAAUCCUCGUUUCUUGGGUGUAGCACAAAUAGAAAACCUUAGCAAAGUCAAGCACCGCAAUAUUUGUUUUACUAAACUUCGCGUUUUUUAUCGCAUUGCCAGCGACCCCAUUGUCUGGAAUCUGCCGUUCUAACUAUGUGUCUGUCGUUCUCUGUGCCUGCACGUUUUUAAGGCUAUACACUCGCCAAUAACACCUUUUGCUAACGGUUUACAUGUGCGCCUAAAACUUUUAUAACUCUGAACAUUGUAGCCAAUGUAAUGUAGAGAGGAGGAGUAUUUUAUAUGUUAUUCAGCACUAUAAUACACUCAACGGAUUGCAAAGAAGCAAGGAUGCCUGUCAGAAAAAAAGACACGGCUCGGGCCUUCCGGCUGCUGGAGGACUACUGUACUAAACUGCGAAAGCCAGAGGAGCAACAGCUUAAAACUGCCAUUCUGAGAGUGAUGGGCAUCUUCAAGAGCAGCCUGUUCCAAGCUUUACUAGAUAUUCAGGAAUUCUACGAGGUGACGCUCCUGAACACUCAGAAGAGCUGUGAGGAGAAGGUGGAGGAGGUGAACUCCAUGGCGGACCAGUGGGAGCGGGCCAGCUCUCCGACCGUCAUCCUGCAGCACCCCUGCCCCGGCCAGGAGUCGCGAGACCUGAGCAGCUCGGAGCAGAACGGGACGGAGCAGGUGGAGAACAGCCCCGCACAGAACAGGCCGGCCGCGGUGCAGGGCUCCCCGCCCACCCCCCAGCCCCCGACAUGUCUGAACCCCGCCCUGAUGAGCGCGCCCUGGUACAGGUACCAGGAUGAAGACUCGCCCCCGCUGGAUCACGGCUUCCCCCGUCUGACCAAUGAGGUUCGAGCGCCGGAGCUGGUGCACGUGUCGGAGAAGAACCUGUCGGAGAUCGAGAACGUCCACGGCUACGUCUCCCACUCACACAUCUCCCCGCUCAAGGCCAGUCCUGCCCCAAUAAUAGUCAACACGGAGACACUGGAGACCGUACCGUAUGUCAACGGGACUGAAAUCGAGUAUGAAUUUGAGGAAAUCACGCUAGAACGGGGGAACUCAGGGCUGGGGUUCAGCAUCGCUGGAGGAACGGACAACCCCCACAUCGGCGAUGACCCCGGGAUCUUCAUCACCAAGAUCAUCCCAGGAGGGGCAGCGGCGGAGGAUGGGCGGCUGAGAGUGAACGACUGCAUCCUGCGGGUGAACGAGGCGGACGUGUCCGAGGUGUCUCACAGCAAGGCCGUGGAGGCGCUGAAGAUAGCCGGCUCCAUCGUGAGACUCUACGUCAGGCGGAGGAGGCCCAUGCUGGAGACCGUCAUCGAAAUCAAACUCAUUAAAGGACCAAAAGGGCUGGGGUUCAGCAUCGCAGGGGGGGUGGGGAACCAGCACAUCCCCGGAGACAACAGCAUCUACGUCACCAAGAUCAUCGAGGGCGGAGCGGCGCAGAAGGACUGCAGGCUGCAGGUCGGGGACAGGCUGCUCAUGGUGAACAACUACACUCUGGAGGAAGUAAGCCAUGAGGAAGCCGUGGCCAUCCUGAAGAACACGUCUGAUGUGGUGUACCUGAAGGUGGGCAAGCCCACCAGCGUUUACUUAUCGGACUCCUAUGGGCCUCCGGACAUCACACACUCCUUCUCCCCGGCCUCGGAAAAUCAUAUCUCUCCCGCCGGCAACAACGGCUCCCUGGAGUACAAGUCCGGCCUCACGCCCGUCUCCCCUGGAAGGUACUCCCCCAUCCCGAAACACUUGCUUGGGGAGGAGGACAUUAACAGGUUGGAUGGUUUCUCGUUCUUACGAAACUCCUCGUUAGAUGAUGGGGAGAGUCACAGGUUUGAUUCCCAGCACUUCCAGUUGAGCAGGCCUCCAGAGCCCGUUUACAGCACUGUGAACAAACUGUGUGACAGGGCCCCGUCUCCCCGCCACUACUCCCCCCUGGAGUGCGAUAAAAGCCUCCUGCACUCGGUCCCUUUCCCUCACUAUCACACAGGUCUGCUCCCUGACUCCGAAAUCACCAGGGAGCCCCGUAAGAUUGUCCUGCACAAGGGCUCCACAGGCCUGGGCUUCAACAUCGUGGGCGGAGAGGAUGGAGAGGGCAUCUUCGUCUCCUUCAUCCUGGCAGGAGGGCCGGCCGACCUGAGCGGGGAGCUCCGGAGAGGAGACCAGAUCCUGUCUGUGAACGGCAUCGACCUGCGAGGCGCCACCCACGAGCAGGCAGCCGCCGCACUCAAAGGGGCGGGCCAGACGGUCACCAUCUUCGCGCAGUACCGCCCGGAGGAGCUCGCUUUGUGCUCCCCGAGACGGGCUCCGCCUCCAGCACCAGAGUACGGCCGCUUCGAGGCAAAAAUCCAUGACCUGCGGGAGCAGAUGAUGAACCACAGCAUGAGCUCCGGAUCAGGAUCGCUGAGAACCAAUCAGAAGCGCUCACUCUACGUCAGGGCCCUGUUUGACUAUGAGAAGGCCAAGGACAGCGGCCUGCCCAGCCAGGGCCUCAGCUUCAGGUACGGGGACAUCCUCCACGUCACCAACGCCUCCGAUGACGAGUGGUGGCAGGCCAGGAGGGUCACUCCCGACGGGGACAGCGAGGAGAUGGGUGUCAUCCCCAGCAAGAGGAGGGUGGAGAGGAAAGAACGCGCAAGGCUAAAGACAGUCAAGUUUAAUGCCAAACCAGGAACAAUUGAUUCUAAAGGGUCAUUCAAUGACAAGCGUAAAAAGAACUUCAUCUUUUCACGAAAAUUCCCAUUCUACAAGAACAAGGAGGCGGGUGAGCCCGAGGGCAGUGACUCUGAAAGGAGCCAAGAAGAUUUAAUCCUGUCCUAUGAGCCCGUCGUCCGGCAAGAGAUUAACUAUGCCAGACCAGUCAUCAUCCUCGGACCCAUGAAGGACAGAAUCAACGAUGAUUUAAUUUCGGAGUUCCCGGACAAGUUUGGAUCGUGCGUGCCACACACCACGAGGCCGAAGCGGGAGUAUGAGGUGGACGGGCGGGACUACCAUUUUGUGGUCUCCAGGGAGCAGAUGGAGAAGGACAUCCAGGAGCACAAGUUCAUAGAGGCCGGCCAGUACAAUGACAAUCUGUACGGGACCAGCGUCCAGUCUGUCAAAUAUGUGGCUGAACGGGGCAAACACUGCAUAUUGGACGUGUCAGGGAAUGCCAUUAAACGAUUACAAGUAGCACAACUCUACCCUAUUGCCAUCUUUAUAAAGCCCAGAUCUAUGGAGUCCUUAAUGGAAAUGAACAAGCGGCUGACGGAGGAGCAGGCCAAGAAGACGUACGAUCGUGCACUGAAGCUGGAGCAGGAGUUUGGGGAGUUCUUCACAGCUCUGGUGCAAGGAGACACGUUAGAGGACAUUUAUAACCACUGUAAGCUGGUGAUAGAGGAACAGUCUGGACCUUACAUCUGGAUUCCUUCGAAAGAGAAAUUAUAAAGACAACCCAGGCCAUGGAUCUGAAACUGCAAAUAAUAGGAAUAAUUUGUAAUAUACAAUAAAUUAUUAUGGAAAUGGUUGUUAUUAAUAAUCAUAAUGUUUACCAUUAACUUUUUUGUUGCAUCAUCAUUUUUUUCUUCACUUUAAAAAUGAAUGUUCCUGAAUGUACCACCACCAAGUGUUCAAAAUAUUUUGGCCUCAAAAAAGAAUGGACUGUUUGUAAAUUUAUUUUUUGAUUAUUUGUUUAUUUUAUUUUGUUAUUUGUUUUUUUUUUUUGGUUUUUUUUUUACAAAAAGUCAAGGUGAAAGAAACAAAAGUCCGUGUCAAGAAGCGGAAGGACUAGAAAGAAGACCUGACGGCUCCAGAACUCAUAAAAUCAUCGAAAACACAGAAGAACGACAAUAACGGCUUAUUUUGCUUUCCACUGAUGAACAGCUCUCUGUGUCCCCAGGGCCUCAUUUCACAUUAGUGGUUGUAAUAUGUAGUGAGUUUCAUAUCUAUGCACUCUCUAGACCCUUGGAUACUUCAUGUGAUUUAUUGUCUGAUGAUUAUUUCUUCCCUAAUUUAUUAUUUUUUCUAUUCAGUUGAAUUCGUUUUUAUGGACAAUUGAAUUAGUUCAUGUUUUAUAGUGAACUCUUUUUGUUUAAAUGUAUGAAAAAGAGAUACUUUAAUUUAGAGAGAAUAAAGGGAUACAACUAGGAAUAGGAAAUUUGACACUAUAUUUUGCUAUUUAUAUUGAUAGAGGGCACAACAGCACAGACAAUAUUUAUAAUGAAGAUAUAUAACUUUGUAAAAAACAAUAAUAAAUUUUAAAAAAUGAGUUGUACGUGUAAUAUAGUGUGUUGUGGUAGAUUUAGUAUUGAUGGAGAUUUUGUAAGAAAGUAAUUGAAUAUGUAUAGAUAUGUCCCUUGUUGAGUUGGAGGAAUUUACUGUUUUGUGGUGCACUGUGGUGACCAACACGUUUGCCCAGACAUGAGUUCCAGUGAAAUAUUUCCCCCUCUAAAAUUUGCAUGAAUCAGGGAUGUGACUGCUUUCCAGACGCAGCAAACAUCUUCUGAGCAGGUUCUUCCAUCCGAGGAUCAUAGGCCCGAAGGUCCAAAUUUCAUGUGUGUCAAAAGCAUUUGCAAUAAGUCCCAUUAUUGGCCUAUGCCAUUAUUGAAACUCUCUUUGGGGGUAAAAACUGAGCAAGGUUGUGCUUGCAGCCACAUGGUACUGUGAGUAAUUUAAGCUCUCAUUGUAUAGAAAGCUCCAUACAUACAUACAUGGUUCCCUUUGAUUUAUAAUGUACAGUGAAUUUGUGACCAGUCAUUUGUGAGGUUAUGUACACACUAUUGUUAUUUAUUUAAUACUCUAUGUAUAGAAAAUGACUGUGCAUUUUAGUCCUUUAUUUCUGAACCCUUUCCACCAAGAGUGGAUGCCAAUCCACAGGAGUCAGAAAUGGGAUGGCCUGCUAGCCCGACUUCACCCAUCAAAGUAAAAUUCCUUCAGGUGGUGGUGGAGUGGCAUAUUUAAAUGUGUGUUUGCUAUAAUCACUAAUUUCAUCCUGUCUCUGUGUUAAUUUGCUCCUCUGACGUAUUGGUCACCACUUGCCUUAAAAUAAGGAGAGGAAAUUCAGACAAAAGUUUUUUUUGCUACUUUCUGCCACUGGCAUCUUUGUAACCUCAUUAUAUCUAGUGUUUACUAACAGAAAUAAGACUUGUUGGUCCAAUGGCCAUUUGUGGAGAAAAUGGGUAGAAGGGGGAAACUCAGAACUGUACAGUUUGGUCUGAAUUCCUAAAAAGCAGCCAUAGCAUGACCCAGGGAAACUGAAAUUUUAAAGUAAAGGCCUUGUCGCUUUUUCAUCCAAGGUGAAUUAAAAUUUGAGGCUAAACAUUUAUUUGAACAACUAUUGUUGAAUUUAUUUAUUUUACCUAAAGCAUAUCAUUCUAAAAAUUGAUUACUGAGAAACAGGUUUUUGAUUCAAUGUCUGUUUUACCCCUUCAUCCACCCACAUAUCAACGUCUCUCAAUAUCCCUGAUAUUGAAAUAGUUUCCAGUAAUUCUGCAUUUCUGUUGUCUUUGGUGCACUAGCAUGUAGCCAUUAAGAUUGGCCACACUCACUGCCCAUGUGUAUGUGCUUUGAAGCGGGGAACAAGAGGUUUGCAAGUCGGUUGGUAAUGUUCUUGGAGCCAGAAAAGCUCCCACAAUGUGAAGUGGUCCUUGAAGUGGUAUUAGUAUAUUUAGGAGAAUGCAUGAUAUUUCUGUCACACAAAGGGUUCUGCUAUUCUCAGGGUUACCAGACAGGGUUUGGCAAAAACCGAUGCCGAACCACCUGAAUUGUCAAAGGAUAGUGCCGUCUCACAGUACGCGAGAUCCAACGCAACUCCCAAUAACUAGAAGUCUUACCAGUCGUCCGUACACCAUUUUGACUCGGGAAAAGGCAUGCAGCCUGUUUUAUCUUCUGUUUCUGCAUGCAACCUUUCACACUCCUUUAUUAUUGUGGUGUUUUUUUCAGAGGGGGGAUAAAGGGCAUUAGGCGCUCGUUGCGUGGCUGACUGCACAGAUGACUUGGUUUUUUUUUUUUCGGACUAAUGUGGUAAUUUCACCUUAAUAUGUCAGUGUGAUUUGCUUUUCAUGGCUGACAUUGCAUCGAAGGAAUUCUUUUAUCUUGAGUUAUGCUUUUGGAAUAGCUGUUAAUGGUGUAACAUGUUGUACAGAAUUUGUCUUGGCACUUAUGUAUCUUAUGUUUGAUGGGGGACAAUGUCCUCUGACUUAAUUUGCUUUGGUGCAAUCAAAGGAAACAUUGUUCUUUGUUUUGUUACUUAGUUUUUUUUUUUUUUGUUUUUUUUGGGGGCGGGGGGGAUUUUAUAGUAGCAGUCACAGACACAUACAUGUUUAAUGCCCUCAAAACUUUUUUUCUUUUCUUUUCUUUUUUUUAUACAGCUGUCUCUAUAUCCUCAUCAAAUUUUAACAUUUUUAUUUUGUCCUGUUAGGGAAUGUAUUAUAUAGAACCACCCUUUCUGCCUGACUCAACUUUACUUUCCAAUAAUGAACGCCACACAGAAAUAGCAACCCGUCUGGCUGUAGACGUGUCAUCCGUUCAUUCCAUUGGUGUGAUCGUCAAGCACUCUUGGCACACGCGGGACUGUACAGUUACCAACACCAAUGUCUGUUCUAUAAACUUAAACUUGUUUUUAUUUCAUUUAUGUUUUUUCCAUAUUUUAUUUUCUAAAAACAAAAAAAGUCAAUGAAAAUGGAACAUGUCCUUUGCAUCGUUACCAUAUGUACUCCUGAUUGCUUUAAAGAAUCACUGAAAAAAUACAUUGCUUUAGGCAAACGUGAAGGUACUAUACUCCGCAUCCAUCUUUCGAAAAAAUCGAAAUUAAAAGUUUGGUGAGACUUUUAAAA